GACCACUCACCAUCCACCAAUCUUCUCUUACAACAUACUCCGCCUUCUUUCUGUCAGUCGCACGAGACACAAAGCCGCAGCGGACCACACGUCGACCAUGACGACCAUAGCUCCCGGCCUUACGCCCGAGCAGCUUCAGUUCUUCAACGACAAUGGCUACCUGCUCAUACCUAACGCUCUGUCGGGCGAGACGAUUACAGAGCUGCUGGUUGAGUCGCAUAUGAUGCUCGAUGAAUUCUCGCUCGACGACCACCCCAUGACCAAGUUCUCGACCGGCGAAGGCGAGAAAGAGCACGUCGGUGACGAUUAUUUCCUCAACAGCGGUGACAAGAUACGCUUCUUUUUCGAAGAAGAUGCCUUCGAUCAGACCGGCCGCUUGACCAAGCCGAAGGAGCGGGCGAUCAACAAAAUCGGCCACUACCUCCACCAGCUGUCGCCUCCGUUCCGCGAUGUCUCGCUGUCCGACCAGAAUGCGGCCAUCGCCUGCUCGCUGGGCUUUCGCGACCCCCGCGUACUGCAAUCGAUGAUCAUUUGCAAGCAGCCCGAGAUCGGAGGACGGGUGCCACCGCAUCAGGACAGUCCGUUUCUAUAUACGAAUCCCCCCAGCGCCGUGGGCUUUUGGUACGCGCUCGAGAAUUGUACGGUGAGUAACGGGUGUCUGAGCUUUGCGGCGGGUACGCACAAGACAACGCCUGUCAGUAAGCGCUUCGUGCGGCUGAAGGAAGCGGGCAAAGGCGCGGCGGGCACGGGGUUCAUCGAUAACGAGGGUGCGCAAUUUCCGGUCGAUGUCGAGCCUCAGCAGCCGACUAGUGGCGAGCCCGAGUACACUCUGGGUGAGGUCAAGGCCGGGACGCUGGUGCUGAUCCAUGGCAACGUGCUGCACAAGAGCGAGAAGAACCUGAGCGGCAAGAGCAGGUUCAUCUACACAUUCCACGUCAUCGAGGGCGAGAAAGAGUACGACGGACUCAACUGGCUGCAGCCACCGACAGAAGGAUUCUCGCGGCUGGUGGAGAGUAGAGAGUGACGGGCAGUAGUAACUAUGAGUACCUAGUCGGGGGUGGGCUGAUAGAGCGGGUCCUACGUACGCAAAGGCACGAAAGGAUCCAAGGGAAGGCAAGCCACAUGCAACGCUGCCCAUGCCAGGAUCAGAUUAGAUUCGGCGAUAAUCUUGAUAUCAGGCUAUAGAGCCGGCGACGCCGAGGGUCGUUUUUCGCGCGAGACGGCGCUGAUUGGGGCUCGGGAGGGCGAUCAGGCGCUGGUGUCGGCCGGGCUCGCUUGGGCUGGCGGCGAGCCCACUAAUCUCAUCUAAUCAGAUGUCGCGGCUUCCGCAAACACGUCCAUGGAUCGGCU